AUGGACGAAUACAAAAAACUGAACUGGUCUAAACAUAAUCCACGAUCAGAAGCCAAAUUGCUGGAACAGACGGCAAUCGAUUUUGCACUCUACCAGGAUGAUAUCUUCAAUCUGCAUAUCAACGAAAUUGAUCCGAUACACCGGAUUGAUGACACGUUCAGCAAUUUUACUGAACAUAUUGAAAUGCCUAUCGAUCCCCGUACCGGUCGACCGGUGCAGGAAUUGGAAGUGGAACCAUGCAAACCGUUGCGUUUGUUCGGCCAGUUUCCAUCCGGUUCGCGCUUACGUGCCGACGAACACCAGCACUGUCUAUCAAUGCUAAAUCGGCUCAACAUGCGACUAUCGUGCACCGGUCCGAACGAGCGCAAAGAUUAUGCUCGCUAUCUAAAGAUCAUGAAAAAGUUGGCCCCCGAGAGGGAACUGUUUGAGCAAUUUGUGCGCAAUUACUUCUUCACAAAUCUUUUGGGACGCGUGAAAAAUAUCGAACCUGAGCUAGACGAACUGGUGGUCAGCAUUUGGCAUAAAAAGGUAGAAGAGUGUAUAGCAUCAUCGCCGGAUCUCGUUGGAAAGUAUCGUCUGAUGACAGCCGUUGCGUUUGGAGGAUACGCAGAAAAUCUCUCAAGCUUGGCCCUGGAACCCGUUAGUCGAGAAGUGCUCGAGACGGGACACGUCCGAAAUUUGUUCACCGAAAAUUUGCUGCGAUGCGCUAGGUUGCGCAGAAACCAGCGUGUUUUAGAGGACUUUGUGGACGAAUGGUCCAGCAUCCAGCGGCGACGAACGGACGAGUUUACGAAUAUUUUCUUAAUCCUCGGUCAGGUACCGGAGGUGUCGACUGUAAUCCCCGCGGGCACCCUUACGCUGCUGCUGAAUCACGCCAGGAAUGCACAGGAACAGUGGACGAUACCGUUCCAUAUAAAAUUGUUCGAAGGGAGACGGGUGCUUAUUAUGGAAAGUAAACUUCCGUCGGCAACAUUAUCCACAUCCUCCCGGAAAGUAAAGGCAUACAAGCUGCUAGCGAAGACUUUCAUGACCUUUCCGAAAACCGGAGAACCCAACGAACAUAAUAAUGAGUCCGACGGUGAAAAAAAAGAGCAGGAAGAGGUAAAAUUUGAACCAGUUUCUAUCGCGGAGUACCUACAACGAGUGCAAAGUACGAAGUCAAGACGAAUCCAGCUGCGAGACAACCGAUUCUAUCGGCCGUGGAAGUUAAGGGACGGUGAAGAUGAACACUUUCUCCUAAUACACUCGCGCCAGGAUUGUUAUGAAUCGUUUCGUAAAGAGCGUAUCUUUAUGAACAUCUCCAUAAAGUUAGAAUAUCAACCGGAGUUCGGUGCGGAGCGAAUGUCGAUGGCAGAAUUACUUCAGGAAUGGGCUCGACAGCUGUUACGUCCCGAGUCCAAAACGUUACGGCUGCGCGUAAACUCACUGACACAUACCAUAAUUUCGCAUCAUUACCUGGAGCUGAGAGAUAUCGAAGAAGAACUGACACGUUUGUACGGAAUUCAGCCCCAAAAGUUAGUAGCAAACGUUUGGAACACAUUGAAACUGUUGCAAGACUUUCCACCGGGAGUUUACUUGCUACAGCGUGACGGGAAAAUACCGCAAGGACUCUCGGUGUACGCGCAGGACGAUGGUAAAACGUCCGCCGAUGGUGUGAUGCUAGAUUUCUGUCAGCUUGUGCGCUCGGUGGAGUACGAUUGUCCGCCACUGGAGCAGUACGAGUGGACACCAAUCGAUAAGUUCGUAAUUACAAAGUUGCACCGUGAAAAUAUACUACUUCCAUGCAGUUUCCCGCACUGGAAGCUGGUGCGACGCCUGGCAUCACGAGAAUGCCACAAGCCGAAGCAACCGGUCAAGAAACCGGCUCCGAUCGUGCCGGGCGCGAAGAAAAAAAAAGGUGACCAAGCACCAACUCAACCUAAUAGUACAGUCAAAGUCGAGCCCGUCAAUCAACCAAAGCCCCAUAGUGCAGGAAAACUUUUACGGAAGGAGAAAAAAAAGAAACGCAAGCAAGAACUUCAGCAACAGAAGGCUCAAGCGGAAAAGUUAAGACAAUCUCUCGAUCAGUACGCACCGUACGAAGGCCCGGCGAGACGGUGGUCAGCCAAGAACACGAAACCCCCAGUGGCUAUAGAAGGAACGGAAGGCGUAGGUAUUUCCGCUACGCCUUCUGGCUCUAUGGAGGCUCUCCGAUCUAAUCCAGUGGACUAUAGUUCGUAUGCGCAACAAGCUUUAUUAGAUCCAAGCGAAAAUAAUUGAACGAACAAACAAUUCAUGUCAUUUGAAACUUACCCUCGUACUAGGGCGAUUUUUCAAAAAAGUUUGAAAAUAACAAUAAAAUGUAAAUUAACAACCUUUCGCUUUUUACA